GCCGGUCGAGCAGGCGUCGCUGCCGCUCUAGCUGCCGCUAGCCAGACGCGCGAGGACUGUUCGGGGCUGCGCCGGGGGCCGGCCCGCCCUCCUUGCGGGUCCCGUUGUCAUGUCGCUGAGGCAGCGCCUGGCCCAGCUGGCUGGCUGGCUGCAGGAACCGCAGAAAGUGGCCCGUUUCCAGCGGCUGUGCGGGGUGGAAGCGCUGCCGAAACGCUCCGCGGACCCGAGGGAGGAUGAGAAGGCAGACGAGAAGGCGCUCCCACCCGGAGACACCCGGCAGCGAGGGCGGCAGCCCCGGGCGCCCGGAGGCCCCCAGCCGCCCGGGAGCGACCGCAAUCAGUGCCCGGCCAAGCCGGCCGGCGACGGCGCCCCCAACGGCGUGCGCAACGGACUGGCGGCGGAGGUGGGCCCUGCCUCGCCGCGGCGCGUGGGCGCCGUGCGCCGCAACUCGCUGACGGGCGAGGAGGGCGAGCUGGCCUGCGUGAGCAACUGGCCGCUCUACUACCUGUUCAGCUUCGGCACAGAGCUGGGCAACGAACUCUUUUACAUCAUGUUCUUCCCCUUCUGGAUCUGGAACCUGGACCCCCUGGUGGGCCGGAGGCUCGUGGUCAUCUGGGUGCUAGUCAUGUACCUGGGCCAGUGCACCAAGGACAUCGUCCGCUGGCCGCGGCCCGCCUCGCCGCCCGUGGUCAAGUUGGAGAUCUUCUACAACUCCGAGUACAGCAUGCCUUCCACCCAUGCCAUGUCUGGCACCGCCAUCCCCGUUUCUAUGGUCCUCCUCACCUAUGGCCGCUGGCAGUAUCCUCUUAUAUAUGGACUGAUUCUUAUUUCCGGCUGGUGUUCUAUAGUUUGCCUAAGUAGAAUUUACAUGGGAAUGCACUCCAUUCUGGAUGUUAUUGCUGGAUUCCUAUAUGCCAUUUUAAUCUUAGCUGUCUUCUAUCCAUUUGUGGACCUGAUUGACAACUUCAACCAAGCUCACAAAUAUUCUCCAUUAAUCAUCAUUGGGCUUCAUUUAGCUUUGGGGAUCUUUUCUUUCACUCUUGACACCUGGAGCACAUCCCGAGGAGACACAGCUGAAAUUCUAGGAAGUGGUGCUGGAAUUGCGUGUGGAUGUCAUGUUAGUUAUAACCUGGGUCUAAUAUCAGAUCCUUCUCUGGAUAUAUUACCUUUAGCUAGGCCCCCCAUUACUAUGACUCUGUUUGGAAAAGCCAUAUUGAGGAUCCUUAUAGGGAUGGGAUUUAUACUAAUGGUCAGAGAUAUAAUGAAAAAGAUCUCCAUUCCUUUAGCCUGUAAAGUCUUCAAUAUACCGUGUGAUGAUAUUCGAAAAGCAAGACAGCACAUGGAAGUUGAACUUCCUUAUCGGUAUAUUACCUAUGGAAUGGUCGGUUUCUCCAUCUCAUUUUUUGUUCCUUAUGUAUUUUUCUUUAUUGGUAUCUCUUGAUGGAGAAAUAUUGCUUAUGUUAAGAAAGGAGGAUAUUAGUCACUGAUAUCUAAAAAUAUAUUCGAGGUAAAAGCCAGAUCAGAAUUAGGCUUUUGCGGGAAUUUAAAUAAUUAUUUAAGGAAAUUCAUAAGACUCAGUGCAUUUUAUCAUUGCACAUUCAGAUAUUGUUUUAGGUGAGAUAAGCUGUUUCAAUACUGGAAAAAUGAUAAGUAUCCAUUUAGAAUGUUCAUGUAAUGUUUGGAGAGUUUUGUGCUGUUAUGGAUUCAAGUUA